AUGGUCCAACCCCACCAAGAUGUCAUCAAGUAUGCACUCCGGGCGACCAGAGAUCCAAUCCCAAUGAGGCCCAUUCUGACCGGAAACAGCGACUUUAACAAGACAGUCCACAUGAGUGCUGAUGAGGUUGAGAAACGGUUCAAAGUAGUGAAUCCCAAACGUCUGACUGGUCAUGCUUUUCCGAUGAGAGUUGCCGAGUAUAACAAGUGUCACCUGGCCCAGGAGAAGAAGGCCAAGCAAGACACCAACAUCAAUUCAUCUCGAUCCCGGAAUAAAUUGGAACCACAAGCACAAAAAGAGGUUUGA